AUGACAGCAGCAGCAGCAUGGCUCUCGAGCCUGUAUGAGCUGCAGCAGCUGCUGCAGCAGCAGCUGCAGCAGCAGCAGCAACAGCAGGUGCUGCCGACGUCGGGGUCGCCCACAGCAGAAGCAGCAGCAGGGUCUGCUGCUGCUGUUGCUGCUGCUGCUGCUGCUGCUGCUUCCUGCUGCAGCAAAAGGGUACCGCAGAGUUUUAGUCUUUCAGCGCCUGAGCUGCAGCCUGAAGGUUUCUGGGGAGAGCAGCAGCAGCAUGAGCAGCAGCAGCAGCAGCAGCACGAGCUGGAGCUGCAGCAGCAGCAGCAGCAGCAGCAGCAGCAGCAGCAAAGGGUACCGCAGAGGCACAGAGGCACACAGCUGCGUCACAUUCAGCAGCAGCAGCAGCAGCAGCAGCAGCAGCAGCAGCAGCAGCAGCAGGUUGAGUGGGGUGACGAUGACGGCUUUGUCUCUGUCCGCUCUGAGGCCUCUCCCGCCCGCAUAUGGAGUUCAUACGAAGCUGAGCUGCAGCAGCAGCAGGAGCAGCAGCAGCAGCAGCAGCAGCUGCAGCAGCAGCAGCGAUGGCAGCGAGGCCCUUUGAGGUCAUCCUACCCCAGGCGCCACCACCAGCAGCAGCAGCAGCAGCAGCAGCAGCAACAGCAGCAGCAGCAGCAAGGCAAAGAGGAGAUUGGAAGCAUAUCCCGCUGCAGGUCUUUGCAUGCGCUGCUGCAGCUGCUGCAUCGUCUUGCUGCUGAGAAGCCGCUGCAGCAGCAGCAGCCUCUCGUGCUGCUGCGCGCUCUGCAGCAGCUUGCUGCUGUGAGAGCGGACAGCAGCAGCAGCAGCAGCAGCAGCAGCAGCAGGCCAGACGCUCAGCGGCCCCACGGCCAAAUAGCUCGCUUCCCAAUAGUCAAGGACUUGCUGCAUGCGCUGGAGCAGCAGGGGGCUUCACUAACUCCUCGCGGUGCUGCAGGGGCCCUCCGCAGCCUCAGCCGGCUGCGGCUGGUGCCGCAGCAGCCGCUGCUGCAUGCGCUGCUCUCUCCCCUUAUAGGCAGCAGCAGCAGCAGCAGCAGCAGCAGCAGCAGCAGCAACGGCAGCAGCAGCGAGGGCGAGGGGAGUAACAGAUGGAGACUGCCAGCUGAGAGUUUGGUUUCUUUGUGGCGAGCCGCAGAUGAGAUGCCCUUGCUGCAGCGGCAGCAGCAGCUGAUGCAGCAGCUUGUGGGGGACACAACGGAGCGGCUUAACCAAGCAGCAGCAGCAGCAGCAGCAGCAGCAGCAGGAGAAGCAGCAGCAGCAGGUGCUGCUGCCACGGGCGGAGAAGUGCUGCUGCCGCAGCAUGCAGUGACCGUCGGCCGCUGUGCUGCUCGGAUGCGGCUGGGGUGGUCUGAUCAGGUAUGUAUGCAACUGCCUGGCUGUCGAUACACCGGAGCAGCAGGAACAGCAGCAGCAAGAGCAGCAGCAGCAAGGGCAGCAGCAGCAGCAGCAGCAAACUCUGCAGCAGCAGCAGCAGCAGCAGCAGAUGCUGCAGACAGUAACCCGGAGGGACAGAUUCCUCGCCCUGUCAAAGUGCCUCUUCGCCAUUGCUCGGCUGCAGCAGCAGCAGCAGCAGCAGCAGCAGCGGCAGCAGCAGAAGCAGCAACACCACAAGAGACAGCAGCAGCAGCAGCUGCAGCAGCAGCAGCAGCACCAUGA